UCGAGCUUUCGCCCAUCCAGCCUUCUCCAAGGUGAUGCCUCCUGUCUCCUGAGACGUUGGAAAACCUAGUUUGGAAGAAGAGUAAAGAUACAGUUGAUGCUGAACUACAGCCAAGGAUGAAGCGGCGAGCAUCAGACAGAGGAGCUGGGGAAACAUCCACUAAGGCAAAAGCCCUUUGUCCAGGGAUUUCUGGAAACAAUGCCAAGAGAGCAGGCCCUUUUAUCCUAGGUCCACGUUUAGGUAACUCCCCUGUGCCAAGUAUUGUUCAGUGUUUGGCAAGAAAAGAUGGGACAGAUGACUUCUACCAGCUCAAGAUUCUGACCUUAGAAGAAAGGGGUGAUAAAGGAAUAGAAACCCAGGAAGAACGACAAGGCAAGAUGCUGCUGCACACAGAGUAUUCUCUGCUUUCCCUUCUCCACAACCAGGAAGGAGUGGUUCAUCAUCACGGGCUCUUUCAGGACCGAGCUUGUGAAAUUAUAGAAGAUCUGGAAGCCAACAGAAUGGUCAGAAAAAUGAAGAAGCGCAUUUGUCUUGUGUUAGACUGUCUCUGUGCCCAUGAUUUCAGCGAUAAAACAGCAGAUCUCAUCAAUCUGCAGCAUUAUGUCAUUAAAGAGAAGAGACUCAGCGAGCGAGAGACUGUUGUGAUAUUUUAUGACGUGGUACGAGUGGUAGAAGCAUUACAUAAGAAAAAUAUUGUGCACAGAGACUUGAAGCUAGGAAACAUGGUGCUAAACAAACGGACUCACCGAAUCACCAUAACGAACUUCUGUCUCGGGAAGCACCUAGUGAGUGAGGACGACCUGCUGAAAGACCAGCGAGGGAGCCCUGCCUACAUCAGCCCGGAUGUGCUCAGCGGACGACCGUACCGAGGGAAGCCCAGCGACAUGUGGGCGCUGGGCGUCGUGCUCUUCACCAUGCUCUACGGCCAGUUCCCCUUCUACGACAGCAUACCUCAGGAGCUCUUUCGCAAGAUCAAGGCUGCCGAGUACACCAUCCCCGAGGAUGGCCGCGUCUCGGAGAACACUGUGUGCCUGAUCCGCAAGCUGCUUGUCCUGGAUCCGCAGCAGCGUCUCACGGCUUCGGAGGUGCUGGACUCGCUGAGCUCCAUCAUAGCGUCAUGGCAGUCCAUGUCCUCGCUGAGCGGCCCUCUGCAAGUGGUGCCGGACAUCGACGACCAGGUGGCCAAUCCAGACAACCCGCAGGAGGUGAAGGUCACGGAGGAGUGCUCGCAGUACGAGUUCGAGAACUACAUGCGGCAACAGCUGCUUCUGGCUGAGGAGAAGAACACGUUGCAUGAGGCCAAGAGCUUCCUGCAGAAGCGGCAGUUUGGGAACAUCCCCCCUGUGCGGCGCCUGGGCCACGAUGCGCAGCCCAUGAACCCUUUGGAUGCAGCCAUCCUGGCCCAGAGAUACCUUCGGAAGUAGAUUCCCACACACCCGAGAGCACAAGCACCAUCCUGCAACCUGCCUUUCACGUCACCUACUACAGCCCGACAGCAAUACCGGUGUCCCGUGACGGAGAAUAAUGUAGCAUUUCUUCGGAGCUCCGUUGAGGGGCACACACUCACACUCACUCGCGAGGGAGAACACUUUGGGAAAGCUCAGUUGGAAAGCAGCAAUCUCUUGGCAUCUUCUGGAAUCCUUAUUUUUAAAUCCAAGCCUAGAUGACUAAUCUGCUUUUAAUCGUGACUUUGUAAUCUACCUCUCUGGUCUUUUUAACCAUGCUGUUCUCAUGACCGAGCAAAGCCUGUUGCAAAGGAGGAGGCGACGGAGGGGAAGCUGCUUUGCUGGCCCGAGCGCCGCGCUGGCGCCACGUGGGCGCUGCCUCUGCUCUGGAUAAGCUUAGAGUUACCUGGGCUUCUUGAAAGGAAGAACUCCGGGAAUCCUCCCACUGCCCCUCCUCUGCAUCCCGUCCUCUGUUCCUGGCACCCGGCCGCUUUGAAGGUGUCGUCGGCCCCGUGGUGGCCUGGGGUAGCAGCACGGAACCGGCCCUGUGGCACCGGGCCGCGCAGACCCUCCCCGGGCCUUUGGGCCUGCCUGUAGCUAUGGAAAGGUUUUGCAGAACUUGGCCUCUCUUGGCCUUUGGCCUCCUUCACCGGUUCUUUUAGUUUCAUCAGAAUCUAUGGUUUAAUCUUAUUUUUUUUCAGUAGCUUCUCUAAGGUGCAGUUAAGAUUGCAUUAAUUGAUUUAGCCUUUUCACUCUUGAGUUGUGGUACAGAUCUAAUAUAUGAGUUCUAAUGUGAAGAAAGGAUCCCCAGACUGUUGUGGCCGGGGGAGGGCUGCCCCGCGUCGCUGCUCUCCUUGCUCC